AUGACGAUAACGACUGACACCAAUCAAAGUACAACUGAAAGACCUUCAAUAGAUCCCACAAACACUUCUGCAUCACUCGAUACAACCUCCCAACAACACAUUCCAACUGAAACAUGCACUGCCGAAACUACUCAAAUCCAUUCUAAACCCUCCAAUUCAUUCUUCACCCCGAAAACUAAAUUCAUCCUCACCAUCGUCUCAGUUACCGCCAUCUCCUUCCUCCUAGCAUUCAUUCUCAUCAGUAUGACCAUCACUUUUGCAAUUUGUGAUUCACUCUUUGAUUUUCCAGAUCUUGAAAAUGGAAUUUACGCCUUGCUCGUUGCAAUUUCAAUUCUCUUUUUGGGAAUUGGUAUUGUUACCUUGAUUGUUGGAUGGAGAUUAUGGAGGGGAAAGUAUUCUGUGAAUGAUGAGGGAUUUGUGGUGAAUUCGAGGGGAGAUCGGAUUAAUGUGUUGGGAGAUGUGAAAAAUUCGGAUGACAAUUUGGUAACGGAAAGGAGUUCAAGUGAUGAGGAUAAUCUCCGAUAUAGUAGAUCACUGAAAACAUUUGAUAUUAUUUAA